UCCCUCUGCCUUCCCUGUUGGACCUUAUCCUGUACCCACAGGUUCAGGCACUUCCGGAUAUCCCGCUCAACAUGCAGACAUGACAAGUGGCUUUAACUAUCAGUGGCCACAACAGACCGCUCCGGUCGGGGUUUCAACUGCAGCUUCGUCCUUAGCGCAGCAUCAAACACCGACUGCUCCACCUUUGUUUCAACAGGGAGAUGCACCUCCUUCCUACACGUCCAUUUUCUCACCUUCUCAGGAAACUUUUGGAACCACAGGGUCAGAUGACAAAAGUUGAGCUUCAAAAAGGACACACUCUUGUCUAAAAAAAUACCCUAAUAAUUCCUGAGGUGAUUUGAGUUAUUUAUAAUAUUGUAAAGUAUUUAUUGUAUACAAAAUGUGGAACCACUUUCAUUAUUUCUACUACUUUUUAACACUUUUAACAGGCCUCACUACAGCUCAAUCAAGGCAGUAGGCCUAUCUAUAUAUAAAAGUAUGCUAUGUAGUUUGUACACCACUACUCAAAAUACCUGUGUCACCUGCGUAAGUUGCUCACCUCUACCUGCCUCGAGGCGUGCCUGUGCUCUAGCAGUCACAUGACCUCCACCUACAUCAGUAUUUAAUCUUUGGGUGGAGCUGAACAACAUUCAUGCGCCAAACCCAAGCGACAAAUCUUCCGGUUUGUUUGGGCGAUUACUCUUCGUUCCGUGCAGUAACCGCUGAAGGGAAAGUUGUGUCACUACAUCCAAAAUGUCUCCGAUAAAGGAUUUACAACUUGUCUAUGAAGCACUGAACGAACAAGGAACUUUUUCUGCAGGAGAUCCUAUCGUCGGCACAGUCAGUUUUACUUUGACAGAAGACACAGAGGUGAAGGGGCUGCUCGUGAAAGCCAAGGGGGACGCGCGCGUGCACUGGACAGAGGGUACUGGAGAUAGGAAAAGAUCGUAUCAUGCGUCCAGGAGAUACUUCAAAGUCAAAGAGUGCCUGAUUCCAGAGACUGGCACUCAACUUCCCAAAGGAGUCCAUCGCUUUAAGUUCAGGCUUCAAAUCCCCCAGGGCAACCUGCCCGCAUCCUUUAGGGGGAUUCACGGAUAUAUUUACUAUGCGCUUGAGGCAAAGAUACCAAGGAGCUGGCGGUGGCCUACUGGAGUGAAAAAAGAGCUCAAAUUUGUUUCAAAUUCCAAUUCACACAUUAACAGAGAAAUGUGUCCCCAGACUGGCUCGGUGGCGAAAGAGGUAGGGACUUUCUCCAAAGGAAAGGUACAAAUGUCUGCUACCCUUAACACAAAGGUGUGCUCUCCAGGUGAUACUUUAAAUGUCGUCGCCAAAAUCCACAACUCCUCUUCCAAAAAAAUGAGGCCCAAAUUCAGUUUACAGCAGAGAGUAGUGUACCGUGCCAAUACCCGUGCUAAACACACUGUCCAAAAUCUGUGGAAAAAAUCUGGGGAGACUGUAGCACUGGACAAAGAGGAAACUGUUUCCUGCCAAGUAAAAAUUCCUGCUGAUGUCAUCUACACUGUCCAUGACUGCGACAUCAUCUCAGUUGAACAUUACUUCAAGGUGUAUUUGGACAUCAGUUUUGCCUUUGACCCAGAGGUGGCGUUUCCACUGGUCAUCGUUCCUCCUAGCUCUGCUACCUUUCAGCCUGGUAGAGUUGAGGGGCCUUAUCCAGCAGGAGCUGCUGGGGCCCCAAGUUACAGCAACUUCCCUUCCCCUGCCUUCCCUGUGGGGCCUUACUCAGCUGGGGCUGCUGGGGCCCCAAAUUACAGCAACUAUCCUCCCCCUGCCUUCCCUGUUGGACCUUAUCCUGCACCAGCAGGUUCAGGUGCUUAUGGAAACCCAGCACUAUAUCCCACUCUGCCUGCAAACAUGACAAGUGGCUAUAAUAAUCCAUGGCCACAACAGGCCGCUCCAUACGGGUUUCCAACUGCAGCUUCAUCUACAGCGCAGCAUCAAACCCCGACUGCUCCACCUCUGUUUCAACAGGCAGAUGCACCUCCAUCUUACAUGUCUAUUUUCCCCCCUGCUCAGGACACCUUCAGUACAACAGGGUCAGAUAAAAAAAGCCUCUGUGAGCCGCGUAGCAACAAGUGGGAGAAACAUAGUUUAUAUACAUCUAAAAUGUCUCCGAUAAAGGAGUUAAAAAUCGUUUAUGAAUUUCUAAACGAGGAUGGCAGUUUUUCAGAAGGAGAUCCUAUCGCAGGCACAGUCAGUUUUACUUUGACAGAAGACACAGAGGUGAAGGGGCUGCUCGUGAAAGCCAAGGGGGAGGCGCGCGUGCACUGGUCAGAGGGUACUGGAGAGAGAAGAAGAUCGUAUCAUGCGUCCAGGAGAUACUUCAAAGUCAAAGAGUACUUGAUUCCAGAGACUGGCACUCAACUUCCCAAAGGAGUGCAUCGCUUUAAGUUCAGGCUUCAAAUCCCCCAGGGCAACAUGCCAUCAUCGUUCAAGGGGAUACAUGGAAAUAUUCACUACUUGCUUGUAGCAAAGAUGUCAAGGAGCUGGCGGUGGCCUGCUAAAGUACAACAAGAGCUUAAAUUUGUUUCUAAGUCCAUUUCCUACCCUGGCAAAGUAAUGUGUCCCCAGUCUGGUUCAGUGGAAAAAGAGUUGGGGGUUUUCCAUAAAGGAAAGGUCCAAAUGUCUGCUACCCUGAACACUAAGUUCUGCUCUCCAGGUGACACUUUGUCUGCUGUUGCCAAAAUCAGCAACAACUCCACCAAAAACAUGAAGCCUAAAUUCAGUAUAGAGCAGAGAAUUGCGUACCAUGCCCAAGCUCGCUCCAAACACAGUGUCGAAAGUCUGUGGAAAUCGGUUGGUGAGACUAUCACGGGGAACUCAGAGGAAAAUGUGUCCUGCCAAGUGCAAGUUCCUGCCAAUAUCAUCUACACUGUUCAAAAUUGUGACAUCAUCUCAGUUGAACAUUACCUUAAGGUGUAUUUGGACAUCAGUUUUGCCUUUGACCCAGAGGUGGUGUUUCCACUGGUCAUCGUUCCUCCCGGCUUUGCUGCACUUCAGCCUGGGGAGGCUAUGGGGCCUUAUCCAGCUGGGGCUGCUGGGGCCCCAAGUUACAGCGACUUCCCUCCCCCUGCCUUCCCUGUUGGACCUUAUCCUGCACCAGCAGGUUCAGGUGCUUAUGGAAACCCAGCACUAUAUCCCACUCUGCCUGCAAACAUGACAAGUGGCUAUAAUAAUCCAUGGCCACAACAGGCCGCUCCAUACGGGUUUCCAACUGCAGCUUCAUCUACAGCGCAGCAUCAAACCCCGACUGCUCCACCUCUGUUUCAACAGGCAGAUGCACCUCCAUCUUACGCAUCCAUUUUCCCCCCUGCUCAGGACACCUUCAGUACAACAGGGUCAGAUAAAAAAAGCUGAACUUUACAGAGAAGACAAAUAACCAUGACUUAUACAUGAUACAGACAGAUCAUGUUUGGUACGUAAAGUUUGUGUUCUGAUGUCAAACCAAAAUAACUGCAGUGGUGAAAAUAGACUGAGGGUUUUGCUAGCAUAUUAUCCCAAGCUUAAUCGCUUCAUAUUGUUGUUCUCUCACCUCCAGCUUCAUGCAUCCUGAACACACGAUUCAAUUUUUAACGCCUGUAUGGUGUUGAAAGCAGCAACCAAACACUUGACAUUAUGUAUAGCAAAUGAUUAAUUUAAACAGUUUCAGUGGGCACAUAAAAAACAUUUCAAAAAAUAUUUUCUAAGACUGAAAUUAUGGAUAUGGAAUACUAAACUGUUUAAGAGUAAAUGUAUUAAAUAGUCUUUCAGAUGAGAAUUCCCGAAAUUAUGCAAAAGAACAUUUUUGUUUACUAGUUUGCUUCUUUGAGCAAGCUUUAAGUCGUCUAAGUCUUUCAGUUUGAAUAAUCUACCCAGCCUGGCUACUCACUGCUCAUUGCUGUAGGUAUGCUGUGCUACAGGGUUAGCAACUAAACGAGUCCAUUAUUGCGCAACAGCCCCCUUGUUCUUUGACUCAGGGGUUUUCAGCUGUGCUACUGGGUUAGCUGCUGAUGAGAGGCUGUCAGAGAGACUCUGAGUUGGAAGUAAACCUUGUGCACAAUUGCACAUGCACCAUACAGAAGCAGGAAUUUGUCUUCACUUUUGCUUGUGAAUCCAGUUAACUCCAUCCUCUUAAUUAGCCCAAAACAGGUGCUGCUAUGUUUGUUCUUGACUGUUUUGUUUGUCUUCUGACCUGUACAUAUGUACAUUAGGUUACAUAUUUUAUUAAUUAAUUUAUUUUAUGUAUUUUAUGUAUAUUUUAUGCAUUCUAGUAUCCUUUUCAUUUUGGCUACUGCUAGCAGUGCUAAUUAGGCCCACUUAAGACCAAAUGAGUGUCUGCAGUGUUAGCUUCCAUCUGUAUAGAGCCUUUGCUUAAUAUAACUCCAUUCAAUACGUCUCUGCUCUGCCAUUUGUAAACUUGUAUUGUUUUAAUUCACAUUUAUUCUGCAAGUUUGGUUAGUUAUAAUAGUAUAUAUUGUAUUCAUAGCCAGUCGUCAUGGAAUCAGUUGUAGGUUAAAUAGCUUUAAAUAUCUUAACUGUUAAUUGCUGCCUAGCUGUCAGCUGUUCCCUUCAGGGGAUUAUUCAAUAUUGGUGGCUGGCACCAUUGUGGCCUCAUGAUUUCACCUUAUGGAAGUGCUGUUCAUAGCAGUGCAUGCCAUUCAGACUCACAAUGACUGAUUUAAUGGUUUGUGUUAUUAUUAUUAUUAUUAUUAUCAUGUGUGUUAUGGUUUUUAUUCCUCUCUUAUCAGAAAAUGUAUGUAAACAACAACAGUUACUCCGGUACACCCUGUCAGUAAAUAAAGUUUUUUAACUGAAAA